UAGUAAGCAGGCACGUGCCUUCCCGCCAAGAAACCGUGACCUCAUCUCCGCCUCCCUCCCUCCCUCUCACUCGCUCUCUACCUGCCACAACUCAGCCUCCUCAUUGGUAGUUUGGCGCUACUCUGCUGUGGAGCCGGGGGGGACAAAACCUAGCAAUAAUAAAAUGAGAACGUGCUUGCUGUCGGCGGCGCUGAUGUUCCUAGGAGGAGCACAAGGUUUCAUCAACAGCCUGCCGAGAUUACCCACUCGUGACAUCACUACCACGCCCGGGCGAUGUAGAGUACCACGACUGGCCCUGACACCACCCCGAAAGCCCAAUACUGGGGCGGGAGCCGGGUCUGCUGCUGCCGGGGGCGAUGACAAUGGCGGGGCGAAUGAUAUGUUGAAAUCGACCAGCGGGAUCGCCAGAGCGCCUCUCCGGAUAACUCCCAACUUUCACCCCCAGGAGAAGCGGAGGCCAAAGACCUUUGUAGAUAAGGACAUCACCUAUGGGGCGUUCUUGACGGAAGAGAGCUUUGAUAUCGCCGCGAUGGCUUGGGAAGAGUUCUCCGACUUUGUUCGGCGCACGGUCGAGCGGAACUUGAACGGAGCGCAGUUCGACUUCGACACUCGGCAGUGGUCGAGCAGCAUUCGCAAGUGGUGGAGCAGGGCCGUGGAGAUGGACGUGCAAGCCAAAGCCGACCUUUUCCGGCUUUACGAUAGCAGCGUAGGGCAGAGGGACGCCUGGGGAAACCAGGCCUUGAAAGUGGACGCAAGGGUUGAGGACGAAUGGGACAGCAUCUACGUAGAUUGCCAAGAUGGCGCCGACGUAGAUUUUCAGGACUGGUCAUUCGACAGCAGUAUCAGCUGUGGGGUCGAGGGGGCGGCGACAGGGAGUGACAUGACGGAUUCGAGAUUAUCAGGACCAUCAUCAAAAGCUUUGCCGUCAUCGUUGCGGAAGGAGGGGGGUGGUUGGGGCGCGAGUCCUGGAAGUGCAAGCACUGGUGGCUCUCGCUCGGCGCUCAUGGCUGCCAUGGACGCGUUCCAAGAGGAGGAGGAAGCGGAGGAGGGGGAAGAAGACGGGACGGGCAGCGAGGGCUUCGAUGAUGAGGAGAUUAUCGACUGUGCGAUCAGGGGACGGUGGACUUUCACAAACAACGAUGACCCGCCCCACUUUUCUCCACAAUAGUGCCGGUGGCACCGAAGAGGAUCUCUUGAUCUCUUCGAUGUGCGCGGCGGCCCGCGUAGACAAAAGGGCUCAACGCCGCGUGUACAUAACAUCGGGAAGGGGGGAGGGUACCAUGAAUUGUAGCGAGAUGUGAAAAUAUGUGGAAAAUGUAUCGUGCUUUUGAGUACCCCGUGGGAGGUAGACCACGGCUAUGCGUGGAUGCCACAUUUGUCUGUGGAUGCAUGUUUAUUACGGGGGUGUUUCGAAGCAGACGAAAGUGCCGCACCGUGCACAGGUUCAAGAGAGACGAGGGGAAGUGCGUGUCUGUGCAUGCGAUGCCGUCCUUCUGGCUGCCCGAGUAGUGUGAGGGGUGAUUCUGAAAGUGUAUUCUGGUCCCAUGCAUAUUUACUUCUACUUGAAGUAUGAUACAUACGGUAGUUCGUUGAAAGUGGGGUGCGCAAAAGGAGUACUAUUGUAAGGUUGCGAGCGUGGGGGAGCAUGCAUGGAGUGGUUAGGGGGUUGUCACACGUCCCUUUCGUGUACAAUUUGUUUUUCCUUACUCUCCUAAAUGUUGGCGGUUGGGUCCCAACCAAACGAGUUGUGUUUUCAGUCCCUCAUCGUUUUGUCCGUUGAGCGCUGCCAUCCGCUUGGAAGGCUCUUUCUUGAGGAUGUAGGUUGUUUCUCCGUGUACAGGCAUGCGGGCAAUCCUGUUUUGUGUGUCUACCUCACCUUGAGGCAUCAUGUUGGUAUUGGAGCGGUGUGUAUUUGUGAGGAAUGUAUUGAUAAGAGAAAUGGUUUUCGGAAGGACGGACAAAUAGUGCCGACAGAGGCUUGCCAGCUUUUUUCACGGUCGACAAACAUCAAGAGAGAGAGUAGUUGCAUCGUUGGUUGGACACGGUUGCCCUUAUUGCGUUGCCGUCGGAGAGCAGGCGGAGGUCAUGUGGAUAAAACGUGUCAAAACAUCCAUCCCUGCUGCAUGCUACUGAAGGAAACGCCUCGCCCAAGAGCGAAAAUGCACGUGUAGAUAACACGGCAGCAUCCGCCGCCAUUGUUU